ACGCGGGCGCCUCGCUCGUGACGUGACUUCCAUCGCUGCACCUGGUGGAGGGGCGACCGGCUGACGGCGGCUGUGGCGCGUCGAGCUCUCUCUCUUGGCUGGACCGUGCAACGGAAUAGUGUUCUAACCUUGAUUCUAUUAUUUGAUUUGUAAUCAGUUUGUUCCUUAAGUUUCAAAAGAAGCGGAAACCACGUGCUAUGGGCAAACGCAGGCACUACGGCAAGCGAGUACGCUCGUCAUCAAGUAGCAGUAGCACGACGAGUACGAGCUCCAGCACGCCAUCACCGCGGCCCAGAAGGAAGUCAAAGGUAUCACGUCACAAAGAUACCAAAGCUGUGAGUACCUUGAACAAUAUAAUACCCGAGUUCGACCCCUUAAAUGACGAUAUAAAUGCAUGGCUUAAUAUUAUUCAAUCCUACUCGGCAACGUUUGACUGGUCCGACGAAACGAUACGUUACCAAGCUCUUAAUAAGUUGAAAGGCUCUGCCAAAGUCUGGUAUGAUUCGUUAUUGCGUACUGAUAGUCGGUGGCCUACAUGGAAAUGGAGUGAUUGGAAUCAGCGUCUGGCUAGUAGCUUUCAAACACGUCGCAAUAUGUUCGAGUUAUUAAAAGAAAUUAUUAACAAGAAACCGGUGGAAAACCAAUCGCUGUAUGAAUUUUAUUUUGAUAUUAAAUGUAAAAUUGACCGAUUAUCUUUAAACUUUACGGAACAAGACAUUAUAUCUAUCAUUGUCGGAAGUAUAGGUGAUAGCAAUAUAGGAGCAUCUGUUGAGGCGAGUAAUUUUAAAUCUUGCCAUGACUUAGCUAGUUAUCUUCAUGGUCGUACCUACAAAAGCAAAAUCUCAAAACAAACAAGUUCGGGUAGUUCACGUGAAAACCAAAUUAAAACGAUGGAUUCAACGAAUAAUUUUAGUCAGCCUUCUACUAACGCUAGCUCUUCAAAUAACAGUGCCAAUUCUCGUAGUGCCAGUGAAAGUAGUAAAACUAGUUCAACACAAAUUCGAAAACCUAUUAAAUGUUAUACUUGCGGUGGAAAUCAUACAAGGAAUCAGUGUGACCUAAUUAAAUGUAAUUUUUGUCAUAAAAAAGGCCAUGUUGAGGCCGUGUGCCGUAGUAAAAAAAGUGUAGGAUUAAUAAAACCAGAAGUUGAGGAAACUAAAUUGAUCCAAACUCCAGAUCCGCGAAAUAAAUUUGUUAAAACGACAUUAAGGAUUUAG